CCGCGUCGCCAUGGAGACGGGCCCGCUCCGGCCGAGCGACGUUGGCGAUGGCGGCCGGGGAGCCGGAGGACUCGGGCGGCUACUGCUUCAGAUUCCUGCCUCAGAAAACCUUCCGGUGUCUGAGCGCCCCCGAGACCGCCAGCCGGCUCCGCCAGUGGUCGAUGCUGGGCCGAGUCGCGGCGCAGGCGUUCGGCUUCGACCAGACGUUCCAGGCGCACCGCAGGGACGACUUCCUCACGGCUUUUUUCAAAGACCCAAAUGUUAUUCCCAAUUUGAAGUUACUUUCAGAUUCUUCUGGACAGUGGAUCACAUUAGGAGCUGAAGUGAAAAAAAUUGAAGCUACAAAUGUUCCUUGUACACAGCUUUCAAUGUCAUUUUUUAAUCGGUUGUAUGAUGAAGAUAUUGUACGAGCCAAUGGACAUAUUAUUAAAUGUUUAGAUUCUUUUUGUGAUUCCUUUCCUAUUUCUGAUGAGUUACGAAAAGUUUUGCUUGUGGAAGACUCAGAAAAAUAUGAAGUGUUCAGCCAGCCUGAUAGAGAGGAGUUCCUGUUUUGUCUUUUCAAACAUCUUUGCCUCGGUGGAGCACUUUGUCAGUAUGAAGAUGUGCUUCAUCCAUAUUUGGAAACCACAAAGCUUCUCUAUAAAGAUCUAGUGAGUGUCCGAAAGAAUCCUCAGACCAAGAAAAUACAAAUUACUUCUUCUGUCUUUAAAGUCAUGGCUUAUGACUCUAAUGGUGUGUGCUACCCUUCCACAAAGAGUCACGAACAGACAUUUUCUUACUUUAUUGUGGAUCCAAUCAAGCGUCACGUUCAUGUUUUAUAUCACUGCUAUGGUGUGGGGGAAAUGUCUUAACAUUGUUCUCUCAGAUGAUCUAUUUUAAUAUUGCUUUACUUACCAAUUUUUAAUUUUAAUGCCAAUUUAUAGGUAAACAUUUAUUUUGCAAGUUAAUUCAAGAAAAGUAUAGAGAGCCUGCUUAGAGCAGAAGAAAACAAAUACCACGGUGCCUUUCUUUAAAUUUAUCUGGAAUAGCAGUGUAAGGACCAAAUUCCAUCCAUAACACAAUCAACAACAAUACAGUUUUUUUUUUUUUUUACAAAAAAACUGGGAAAGUCACAAAGAACUAAAAAUCUAGUUCAUAUUUGUUGCAUUAAGAAUUAAGUAAGCCCUCAAUUUUCCAUGUGUUUUAUUUUAGUAGCUAAUUAAUUCUGGGUUGAAACUGUGGCAGAAAACUGAACAUCGCUCUAUUGAUCAAUAGGAACUGUUAGCUUUUUAAAUUUGAGUUUCAUUUUAUUACAUAAAGAUUUACAUCUCUAGGGCUGUAGAAUGCAUAAUGAUGCCUUGGCUUCAUUUGUCCCACUUAAAAUCCUGAAUAAAAAGUAAUGUUCUGGGUUGCCUGA